AGUUUAUACAAGCUAGUCACGAAGAUAUUGGAUCGAAAGGCGGCUAGUUAAGGAUUGAAGGUCAAGGUUGUUUUUGAUCCCGAAACCAAGGAUAUUAAACUAUGGCACGUGGUCAACAAAAAAUACAAAGUCAACAGAGAAAUGCUAAAAAGCAAGCUGAUUUAAAAAAACCUGCUAUUGAUUCAAAAAAAGCUGCUGCUAAAGCACUUCAUCAUACUUGUCCUGUAUGUAAAACACAAGUACCUGAUGUUAAAACAUAUAAACAACAUUUUGAAAAUAAACAUCCCAAAAAUCCAUUACCACAAGAAUUACUUGAAGUUGUUUAAACUAUUCAAUAAUUAAAAUAAGAAGAUUUAUUCAUAGUAAACUAUUUUUAAUUUUCCCUAUAUAAGUUGUAAUAAUUAAUCUUUUUCUAAAAUAAUGUAUUAAAUACAUAUUUUAACUGUUUUCUGAUUGACUAAUUAAAGAGAUGCUCUUGUUUUCAUUCUCA